AUGGAGCCGAAGCCUCACGCGCCGGCGUCAGGGCCGGCGACGCCGCGGUUCAAGCUGGGAAAGCAGUCGUCGCUGGCGCCCGAGCGCGGCGGCGGCGAGGGCGGUGGUGCGAGCUCGGCGGAGGGUUCGUCGGCCCAGGCGAACGGCGUCAUGAGCUUCCAGCUCAUGUACCUGGCCCACGAGGGCAGCGUGGAGGGGAUCCGCGAGCUCCUCGACGGCGGCGCCGACCCCAAUUUCCGCGACUCCGACGGCCGCACGGCGCUGCACAUCGCCGCCUGCGAGGGACACGACGAGGUCGUCGAGCUGCUCCUCCAGAGCGGCGCGGAGGCCGCCGUCGAGGACCAGUGGGGCAGUACGCCUUUGGCGGAUGCAAUGCAUUAUCAGAAUCAUGAUGUGAUCAAGAUCUUUGAGAAGCAUGGCUCCAAGCAUAAGAUUGCUCCGAUGCAUGUGAACAAUGUUCGUGAAGUUCCUGAAUAUGAGAUUGACCCGGCUGAGCUUGAUUUCAGUAAUGGCAAUGAUUUAUCCAAGGGCACAUUUAGAAAAGUAACAUGGAGGGGCAUUCCUGUUGCUGUUAAGAAGCUGGACGAUGAUCUAAUUGUGGACGAGAGCAAAGUGCAGGCGUUCAGAGACGAGCUUGAUGUGCUGCAACUUAUACGCCAUCCAAAUGUUGUGCAAUUUUUGGGUGCUGUGACACAAAGCAAUCCAAUGAUGAUUGUUAUGGAAUUUAUGCGCAAGGGUGACUUGCGCACUCACUUGAAUAAGAAAGGAGCUGUGCCACCAUCAUAUGCAGUGAAGUUAGCUCUUGAUAUUGCAAGAGGAAUGAAUUACUUGCAUGAGCAUAAACCUCAAGCUAUCAUCCAUCGUGACCUUGAGCCUUCUAACAUAUUGAGGGAUGACACUGGACAUCUGAAGGUGGCAGAUUUUGAUUUAUGUAAGAUGCUAAAAUGGAGAAGAAAAGUUAAAGAAGAUAAAGUGGUGACUUCUCCAGGCAAUGCUUGCAGAUAUGUGGCUCCAGAAGUCCUGCGAAAUGAAGAGUAUGAUACUAAAGUGGAUGUCUUCUCAUUCGCUUUGAUACUUCAGGAGAUGAUUGAAGGAUGCCUUCCUUAUUAUGAUAAGAAAAAUGAUGAAAUUGGGAAGGUACACAAUUCUAAAGAAAGGCCGCCUUUUCGAGCUCCUCCAAAGCAUUAUGCUCAUGGGUUAAGAGAGUUGAUUGAGCAGUGCUGGAGUGAAAAUCCUGCAGACAGGCCUGAUUUUAGAGUAAUUAUCAACCGGUUGUCUGCUAUCCAAAAUGAGAUAGCCCACACAAACCGUUGGAAGGGGAGACCUCUCAAGUGUUUCCUGAGCAUUGAAGGAAUGUGGAAGAAAGAUCGCAAUGAGGGCAGCACCACCCGUUCAUCACGCUCAUCACGAUGCUAUUAUUAA